GGCUGUUGUUGGGGGGGAGGGGGAGGAGCAGGGAGACAGGCAGGCCGGCGGCGGCACAGCCCGUGAACACACACCGAGGGAAUGUUUUUAUCGGCGGAGCCGCGGCCGCUUCACGCUCCGGAGAUUCAACUUCACACCUCCACGCGCACAACCUAGGAGGGAUCGUUCCGACAGACCCCCCUGGAGGUGCCAAGCGAAGCCGCCAUGUCGGUAACCGUUCACGAGAACCGCAAAUCCCGCACCAGCACGGGCUCCAUGAACAUCUCGCUGUUCCACAAGCCUUCCCAUCCCGACAGUGUCCUGACCCACCUGAACACAUUGAGGAAACAGUGCAUGUUCACCGAUGUCACGCUGUGGGCCGGAGACCGCUCUUUCCAAUGCCACAGGGCUGUCUUGGCGGCGUGCAGUCGUUAUUUCGAGGCCAUGUUCAGCGGCGGGCUGCGAGAAAGUCUGGACAGUGACGUCAACUUCAGAGACAGUAUCCACCCCGAGGUCUUGGAGCUUCUGCUGGACUUUGCCUAUUCUUCUCGAGUCAUCAUAAAUGAGGAGAAUGCUGAGUCGUUGUUAGAGGCGGGCGACAUGUUGCAGUUUCAUGACAUUCGGGACGCAGCGGCAGAGUUUUUAGAAAAGAACCUGCACUCCUCCAACUGCCUGGGGAUGAUGCUGUUGUCAGACGCUCAUCAGUGUAAAAGGCUGUACGAGCUGUCGUGGAGGAUGUGUCUGCUACACUAUAACACGGUAAGAGAGUCGGAGGACUUCUAUAGUCUGUCUAAAGAUAAACUGCUGGAGCUGAUUCUCAGCGAUGAGCUGGAAAUAGAAGAUGAACAGGUUGUGUUCACCUCUGUGAUGCGGUGGGUCCGAUACGACCUGGAGGCUCGGCGUCAGCACUUAGCCGAGCUGCUGCGGGGCAUCCGGCUGGCUCUGCUGCCGUCCGACUGCCUGCUGGAGGCCGUGGCCUGCGAAGAGCUGCUCAUGGCUGACAAGAGGAGCAGGUCAAUAGUUGAAGAGGCAAUGCAGUGUAAGAAGAAGAUCCUCCAGAAUGACGGCGUAGUGACUAGUCCCUGUGCCCGGCCGCGUAAGGCAGGGCACACGCUACUUAUACUGGGAGGCCAGACCUUCAUGUGUGACAAGAUCUACCAGGUUGAUCAUAAAGCCAAGGAGAUCAUACCUAAGGCCGAGCUGCCCAGCCCCAGGAAGGAGUUCAGUGCAUGUGCCAUUGGAUGUAAGGUUUACGUCACAGGAGGAAGAGGAUCAGAGAACGGAGUCUCUAAAGACGUCUGGAUCUAUGACACUGUGCAUGAAGAGUGGUAUAAAGGAGCACCAAUGCUAAUAGCCAGGUUUGGCCAUGGUUCAGCUGAGUUGGAGAACAGUCUCUACGUUGUUGGGGGUCAUACAGCCAUAGCGGGAGUUUUUCCUGCCUCUCCAUCUGUCUCCCUAAAACAGGUGGAGCGGUACGACCCUCUCAGUAAUAAGUGGACUAUGAUGGCCCCUCUAAGAGACGGAGUCAGUAAUGCAGCCGUGGUCAGUGCCAAACUCAAACUCUUUGUUUUUGGAGGGACCACCAUACAUCGAGACAAGGCCUCCAAGGUUGGUGGAGUAGUCCAGUGCUAUGAUCCUGUGGGUAACCGCUGGGAUAUUGCGGCUGAAUGCCCCCAGCCUUGGCGCUAUACAGCGGCUGCUGUCCUAGGGAGCCAGAUCUUCAUCAUGGGCGGCGACACUGAAUUCACUGCUGCCUCUGCUUAUCGCUUUGACUGUGAAACCAAUCAGUGGUCGCGGGUAGGCGACAUGACGUCCAAACGGAUGAGCUGCCACGCCGUGGCCUCAGGAAACAAGCUGUACGUGGUUGGGGGUUAUUUUGGGACGCAGCGUUGUAAAACGUUGGACUGUUACGACCCUACGUCAGAUAGUUGGAACUCCAUCACCACGGUGCCUUAUUCACUGAUCCCCACCGCCUUCGUCAGCACAUGGAAACACCUUCCUGCAUAACUGGGGGACCCCAGGACCCAGCCAUUCCAGGUGUUGACUGAGGAGGACUCAGCCUGGAGGACAAGCUGAGACUGGAUGGAAUCUCCACACAGGACCGAUCCUUCCACAACACGCUGCACCUCCCAGACUCAGCCGGUCCUGAGCCCACAGCACAGCAGCCGGGUCUUAACACACUCAGAGACCCCCUCUCCAUGCCGCGCUUCCUGAUGGACAGACACUUUGAUCAACCUGACUGAUGAACGCAUUGGAGCACUCAUACAGACUGUGUGUGUGUGUGUGUGUGUGUGUGUUGUGUGUUGGUGGUGGUGUGUGUGUGUGUGGUGUGGUGUUGUUGUGUGUGUGUGUGUGUGUGUGUGUGUGUGGUGUGUGUUUGGUGUGUGUGUGUGUGUGGUGUGUGUUACAGUGUAAAGAUGUAAGUGACUAGAGCUCGCACUGCACACACUCACUAAUUAUUAUCGCUCUGCACCAAUACAGUGUUAAGGGGGGUGGGGUGGGGGGCCUCUUCAUCUACAUUAAGAAUAGUCUGAGAGGUUUACAUUUACCAGUACACUACAUCAGGUAACACCAAGACAAUAUCUGGCUUCUCAGUGUUCGAUUGGAAACAUUCUUCUUUCACAUGGGACGUGGAUUAUCAAUAUUCUCAGUGGAUGUCAUGGGUAACUUCAGGUUUCAUUUUUUUUACAUCGAAGGCUCUGCAGUUGCAUCAGAGACUAAAGUAAAGUCAUUAAAACAUUAAAAAGAAGUUAAAAACGAUUAAAAAAAUUAUAAACAGAUGAAAUACGAGAAUAAUAUUUACAGUGCAGAACGAAAGGCAACGUAAAAGAACUGUGGGUCUACUGGCAACAGAGCAAACGGCACACUAUAAUAUUAGACUUAUACAGAGAAAAUAAUAAUCCAGGAGAACAGCAACACAGCUGCCAGAUGCACUGUGGGAACGUAUGAAUGCAUAGGUCUUUUAUAAUCUCACUGUAUAAAGGAAAGUGGCAGCAAUCCCGGCUCCAAACAGAACAGUGUACCCAGUCUCUUUUAGUCUUCUACAAUCCUGUUCUUAGUUAUUGUUAUGCAUAAACAGACAGGUUUUCGGAUAAGCGUUUAGACAUGCCUGCCCCCCCCCUUCCGUCUCACCACGGUCUUCUCUGGUGUGGACGGGGAUGCCAUCUUCCGUGAAAACGGUGAUUUCUCCUGGUAAAAAGUAAACCAGCGUCACGAGAGAGAAAACCCUGAAGUUACCCUAAAUCCUACAUGUACUCCAACCCACAGUGUCUACAUAUGGCGUUUUUCCAUUACGUGGUACCUGCUCGAAUCGAACUGCUUAAACACAGCGGGUUUGUUCAGGACCCCCCCCCCUCCAACCCCUCCCUCGGUGAUGACUCAGUGAAUGGGGACCAUUCUCUCCGACCAAUCAGUUAGGGGUUGGAAUCCCCAGACGCCUCCCGAUACUUACGCCACGAUAUUAUUGCGAUUUUAAAAAUAUUGCAAUAUUCUGCAAUUUAUGACCUUUUUUCCAACUUUUAAUUUUUCCCAAUAUCAAAUGAAAAGGAAACUUUGUCAAUAUCUGUUUUAUCUAAAAAGAAACAUUUUGUUGUUGUUCAUAUCCCGUCAGUGUUAUUGCUGCGAAAUGCGACAAACUGACCAACAACUGAGGUGGUACUGAAAGAAAGGACCUUUUAGCAGGCACCUGGGACUUUUUUUCGUAAUGGAAAACCAAAAAGGCGAGUAGAGGAGGUUACCACGCAGUAGAAAAAACGCCAACAGUCUUUUAACUUAGUGGUGUCCUUGUGUCUCACGUGGCGACGCAGUAACAGUGUGAAAUCCCAGUGAUUCUUACUUUUGCCUUUCUCGAGCGCCAGACAGCCCUUCGCUGAGCUCUAAAGCAUCAUAUUCCAAUCGUUUCCGUCGAUGCGUUUAUGUCCAAAGGUGACACAGGAAACUCAUUUGGGAGCAUGAUCUGUGGAUUUAAUUCCAAUGCACAUUUCAUAUGACCGUUGAACAUCUUUGCAAGUUGCACAUGCACUCCAUUGCUUUUCCAGUAGCAUGUUUUAGAGUUGAAGGACCACGUGAAAGAGAAGUGACGCGCCAGGGAGGAGACAUCACGCUAUUUGUGUACUUUAUAGGACAAAUAUGAGAAGCACAGAACAGCCUUGUGUCCGGCGUCCCGCAGAAACCACCACUGCCAAAAAAAAAGACGUUUGAAGCCGAAGCUGAAGCCCUUAAUGUUUCUGUAACUCCUAUGCACUUUUGAUGUUGAUCAAUGCAUUCACUAGCGGUAGUAUGACUUUGUGAGAUAUGGUUUACAUGCUGGGAGAUAACACCAGCUGUCACAAUAUGAAAACACUGCACCAAAUGGAUAAAAACGGGACUUCUGCAGGACACAAAAUAUUGGGGCUGAUAUGUUGUAUUGUCUCUGUGAUACAGUAUUUGCUGGUGUCGUCCAACUGUGGAGACUCUCUGUGACUUUCAUUUGACUGGAGGUGGAUUUUAGCUACUGCACAGAAGUGAAAAGAAAAUACUUUUUACCUGUUUUUAGAAUUUGAAGAAGUAAGAAGGAAAGUGUUUUUGAGGAUUUUUAAAUGAUGAUACACGAAAAUGUGAGAUACUGUAUGUUUUUACCGGGGAAAAUAAAUGGACUCACUUUUGAAAACUCUG